AUGGACCUCCUCGAAGACGCCGACGGAAUGGUGCGCGACCUUGCCAAGGCCACUGUUAUCGAGCUCUUCAAGAACGCCCCCAACGGUGCCAAGUCGGACCUCAAGCGUCAGCUGAAGAACUUCAAGGUCCGGCCCGCCAUCGAGCAGGCUAUCGUCAAGUCCCUGACUCCGUCUACCUCGCGACCGGGGACCCCCGCCGACGCCCCGCCCGCGCGCUCCACCCUCGCCGUCAGCACGUCCUCCGCCGUGGAGCGUCCCGUCACCCCGGCCGCCGAACCUCCCCGGGCUGACAGUGUCGAGCCCCAGUACGUCAACACCCACCGAGAACUCGACGACAUAUUCAAGGAGAUGGCCUGGUGGUUCGAGGGUAAGGAGACGGAACAGAACUGGAGCAAGCGCGAGGAGAGCGUGGGCACCCUCCGCCGACUCAACGCCGGCAACGCCCCGUCCGACUUCCUCGACACCUUCGUCCCUGGUCUGCGCGCUAUGCUGGACGGCAUCAUCAAGGCCGUCACCUCGCUCAGGACCAGCCUCUCCAAGGAAGGCUGCUCCCUCGUCCAGGAUCUGGCCAUGACCCUCGGCCCGGCCAUGGACCCCCUGGUGGAGCUUUUGAUGCAGACCCUCAUCAAACUGUGCGCCGCUACCAAGAAGAUUGCCUCGCAGCAGGCCUGCCAGACGGUCGACAUCAUCAUCUCCAACGUCUCGUACAACCAGCGCUUGAUGCAGCAUGUCUGGGCCGCCUGCCAGGACAAGAACGUCCAGCCUCGUACCUACGUCACCGGCUGGCUCAAGACGAUACUCAAGAAGGAGGCCGGCCACCGUGCUCAGAUGGAGCACUCGGGCGGCGUCGAUCUCAUGGAGAAGUGCAUCAAAAAGUGUCUCGGCGACCCGAACCCUGCCGUCAGGGAGAAGAUGCGGUCCACCUUCUGGGUCUACCACAGCGUGUGGCCCGCCCGCGCCGACGCCAUCAAGGACAACCUCGACGCCACCGCCCAGAAGCUGCUCAACAAGGACCCCGGAAACCCCGACGCCGCCAGCAGUGGGGCGUCCACCGCUGCCCGGCCCGGCUCCAGCCUGUCCAAGAGCACCGCCAGCAGGCCCGGACUGCGCGAGGCCGUGUCGGCCCAGAAGAGGGCCAUGAUGGACGCCAAGAAGAAGCUCCCCGCUCGUCCCGGUUCGGCCAUGGCCCAGAUCUCGCCGGCUGUCAGCAAGACGUCCGACAGCAAGACGAACGACACCGCCACAACCAGCGCCGCGACGAAACCGUCAGCGAGAGCCCGCCCGGAGUCUGGCACCGUCUCCGUCAAUGCCGGCGGCAUGUCCAUGGCUCCGGUGCGCCCCGCCAGGAGACGUCCUGAGAUGGCGCCCCGCCCCGCUACCGCCGGCCCUUACUCGGUGCGUGACCAACCUUCCUCGAUGGAGGCCGACAGCCCCUCCAACUUUGUCAGGCCGUCCAAGGCCGCCGUGCCUAAGCAGCCGGCGUCCAAGGACACCACGCCCAAGAGGACGGCGGCCCCGCGCACCAGGCCCGGACACCAGUCGCACGCCAGCGAGUCUAGUAUCCCGUCACCUUCCACCGCGAGGUUCAGAGCUGCUGCUGCCGCCAGCGGCGUGUCUCCUAGGGGGAGUCCGGCCAAGCUCAAGACCGUACAGUCCGCUCCUGUGCCGAGAAGCCCUGCGAGGGCAGAGCAGAAGCAGCUGCAGGAAGAGGCGGUGGAGCCUCUCGAGCCGCCGAUGUCACCGCCCGUGGCAGAGCCAGCCAGCCAAGAGGAGGGGAAACAGGAGCAGCAGCCGCCGGUCCAGCCAGGGAGGGAGACUACGCCCGUCGUGGCCGUGCUGGAGCUGGAGCCCGACUUCAAGCCCCAGCCACCUGCGGGCCCUCCCCUCAAGGUGUACGAGGACCCGUUUGUCGGGGAGCCCACGACGCCCAAACCAACGUUCACGGGCCCUGUGCUGGAAGACAAGCCGGUCAACGAGGACGCCGCGAUCCUGCAGCAGCAGCAGCAGCAGCAGCAGAACGCGACACUCGCCGAGCCGGGGGCGGCGAUGGAGUCGCCCGAGAAGACGAAGCAGAAUCUGCGUCUCGUGGACAGCGGACUGGCUAAGAUUGAGGCGCGGUCGCUCGAGGUGCACGGGUUCCGCAGGAUGCAGAGUCUGCUGCGCGACAGCAAGAUGGUGCUGGGCAACGCCAAGAUGGAGAGGCUCCUGAUGGGACUGUUCAGGUACCUGGAGGACCCGAUGGAGGGCACGGCGUCGGACAAGUCGCAGGACGUCAAGGCGCAGAUCCUGACGACGAUAAAGCUCCUGCUGACGCGGGAUCCGGAGAGCUUCCGCCCCCACGUGUCCGAUUGCCUCGUGUCCCUGGUACGCACGCGCAGCGCAUACGACGGCAGGUCCCACAUCGUUAGCGGCCUCGAGGUCCUGUCGGCCGAGCUGGCGUCCUUGGGCGACGCGUGCGAGAUCGUCGUGGUGCUGUGCUCCAAGCUGGCGGGCUACUCGGACUCCUCGCCCGAGGGUUGCCGCGCGCUGAGCAUGGGUCUCCUGAUCAUCAAGUCUCUGCUCGACAAGGCUUCUGCCACUGCUCCGUCUACCCUCCCCCUCAACGAGGGCGACCUGUCUGCGCUGUCCACCCUGACGACGCGGUGCCUCGACUCGGCCGACUCCCGCGUGCGCAUGGAUGCCGUGCAGCUCUGCGUGGCGCUGCACACGUGCGUGGGUGAGGCUCGCUUCUGGGACGCCCUGUCGUCGGUCAAGGAUGACCCCAAGAGCCUGAUCACGUACUACAUCGUCAAGAAGCAGCGCGAACAGCAGAAGUAG